UUGAACUGGUCUCUGGAAGGAAAGGUGGGGCCUGGGUCUCGUCUGGGUGGGCUUCGGAGGGCAGUGAGUAGUUUCAUCCUUGUCGCCCGGACUCCUUGGCUUCUGCCCUAGAACAAACCUCUGGGUCGCCAUGGAGUCCACGCUGGGCGCGGGCAUCGCGAUAGCCGAAGCGUUACAGAACCAGCUGCCCUGGCUGGAGAAAGUGUGGCUCUGGGUCACCUUUCUGGGCGAUCCCAAGAGCCUCUUUCUGUUCUACUUCCCCGCGGCCUACUAUGCCUCUCGCCGCGUGGGCAUCGCAGUGCUCUGGAUCAGCCUCAUCACCGAGUGGCUCAACCUCGUCUUCAAGUGGUUGCUCUUUGGGGACAGGCCUUUUUGGUGGGUCCAUGAGUCUGGGUACUACAGCCAGGCCCCAGUCCAGGUCCACCAGUUUCCCUCUUCUUGUGAAACUGGUCCAGGCAGCCCUUCUGGACACUGCAUGAUCACAGGAGCAGCCCUCUGGCCUAUAAUGACAGCCAUCUCUUCCCAGGUGGCUACUCGGGCCCACAGCCGCUGGGUGAGGAUGAUGCCAAGCCUGGCUUACUGCACCUUCCUACUGGCUGUCGGUCUGUCCCGGAUCUUCCUCUUAGCACAUUUCCCUCACCAGGUGUUGGCUGGCCUGAUAACCGGUGCUGUCCUGGGUUGGCUGAUGGCCCCCCGGGUGCCCAUGGAACGAGAGCUAAGCUUCUACGGGCUAACCUCACUGGCCCUCUUGCUGGGUGCCAGCCUCAUCUACUGGACCCUCUUUACAUUGGGCCUGGAUCUUUCAUGGUCCAUCCACCUAGCUUCCAAGUGGUGUGAGCGGCCAGAGUGGGUGCACAUGGACAGCCGACCCUUCGCCUCCCUGAGCCGUGAUUCGGGGGCCGCCCUGGGUCUGGGCGUUGCCCUGCACUCCCCCUGCUAUGCCCAAGUCCGGCGAGCAUACAUGGGAAAGGGCCAGAAGAUAGCCUGCCUUGUGCUGGCCAUGGGGCUGCUGGGCCCCCUGGAAUGGCUGGGCCACCCCCCUCAGAUCAGCCUUUUCUACAUCUUCAAUUUCCUCAAAUAUACCUUCUGGCCAUGCCUGGUCCUGGCCCUCGUGCCCUGGGUGGUGCUCACAUUCAGUGCCCAAGAAGCACCCCCCAUCCGCUCUUCCUGACUUCAGGUUCCUUCUCCAAAGCCACCGCUGCAGGAGGCAGCCCCAAGCCCUCCCAGCCCCGCCCCAAAUGUCCUGCUUAUCUUGAAUUUCCCACUUUUCCAUGACCUGGCUUAACCCCAAAGAAGGGCCUUCUCUCUCCCAGAAAGGUUUGUCCUCCUCCCUUCCCUUCAAAGUCCCUAAAAAGCAAAGCCAGCAGCAAGCCCAGUGGGUUCCCACUACACUGUGAGGGGCUGAGUGGUCCCAAUAAAGCCCUUGAACACUUCCGGA